GCCCCGCCCAGCGGCAGGUCGUGUGACGUCACGGGACUCGACAGUGAUGGGAAGUCGAGUGAGCGCUGAGAAAAUGAGUCGCAUCCCUCUCUCUCGCUCUGAGGUGUUUGGGGAGCUAAGGAAGGAGCUGCAUGAUGGUGAAGAGUUCCAUCAGUCCGACGUUCACGUCUUCAUCAUCAUGGGAGCAUCGGGGGAUCUGGCUAAGAAGAAAAUCUACCCAACUCUCUGGUGGUUGUUCAGAGACGGCCUCCUCCCUGAGCAGACAUAUUUUGUCGGCUUUGCUCGCUCCGACUUGACAAUAGAUGCGAUCAAGACUUCCUGCAUGCCGUACCUGAAGGUGGCGAAUACAGAGGCAGAGCGGCUGUCGGCCUUCUUCAGCAGGAACACGUACAUCAGUGGAAAAUAUGCUGACGAGAGUUCCUUCUCUAAACUGAACACACACAUUCAGUCUCUGCCUGGAGGACCUGAGGCAAACCGUCUCUUCUACCUGGCCCUGCCUCCCACCAUCUACCACGACGUUACGAAAAACAUCAGGCACCACUGUAUGAGCACGAAAGGCUGGAGCAGGGUGAUUGUGGAGAAACCAUUUGGACAUGACCUUCAGAGCUCAGAGGAGCUGUCCACUCACCUCUCCUCCCUCUUCACCGAGGACCAGAUCUACCGUAUCGAUCACUACUUGGGCAAAGAGAUGGUGCAGAACCUCAUGGUGCUCAGGUUUGGGAACCGAAUCUUUGGGCCGAUCUGGAACAGGGACAGCGUGGCCUGUGUCGUCCUCACAUUUAAAGAACCGUUUGGCACCCAGGGACGAGGAGGCUACUUCGAUGAUUUUGGCAUCAUCCGAGACGUCAUGCAGAACCACUUGCUCCAGAUACUCUGCCUGGUUGCCAUGGAGAAACCAGCUUCCACCAGCUCUGAUGAUGUCAGAGAUGAAAAGGUGAAGGUGCUGAAGUGCAUCGCUCCCGUGUCCAUGUCGGAUGUGGUGCUGGGUCAGUACAUCGGGGAUCCAGAAGGCGAAGGAGAUGCCAAACUGGGUUACCUUGAUGAUCCCACAGUCCCUAAGGGAUCCACUCAGGCCACCUUUGCCACCGUUGUGCUCUAUGUGCACAACGAACGCUGGGACGGUGUUCCAUUCAUCCUUCGCUGUGGCAAAGCUCUGAACGAGAGGAAAGCUGAGGUGCGGCUGCAGUUCACCGAUGUCCCGGGAGACAUCUUUGGAAAUCAGUGUCACAGGAAUGAGCUGGUGGUGCGUGUGCAGCCCAACGAGGCCGUCUACGCCAAGAUGAUGAGCAAGAAACCCGGCGUUUACUUCAGCCCUGAGGAAACUGAGCUGGACCUCACAUACAAGAGUAGAUACAAGGAUGUGAAACUUCCAGACGCUUAUGAACGUCUCAUCCUGGACGUCUUCUGUGGGAGUCAGAUGCACUUUGUGCGCAGUGAUGAACUACGACAAGCAUGGAAGAUCUUCACUCCUCUCCUUCAUCACAUAGACAAAGAGAAGCCAAAACCUAUUCCAUACAAAUAUGGGAGCCGUGGCCCAGCAGAAGCGGACAACCUCUCAAAGAGAGUUGGAUUUAGCUACAAAGGCACUUACAAAUGGGUCAACCCUCACAGACUGUGAACUGCAAGGACGUGAGGGCGGAGUAGAGGUAGGGUAGGAUAGUGGGAGGGGUGCGUGAGUGGUGUCAUGUUCCAGUACUGGAGUGUCUCUGAGGGAGGAGGCGUUUCCACCGUGUGGAUCCAUCACAGUAGCAGAACAAGAAAGGCGAUAUUUAAAAAAAAAAUGGAUUUCUCAGGUGUAGUUAUUAUUCCAUGAAGCCAGUUCAGCAGACAUUCAAAAGAGAAUCCUGAAUUAGGAAUGCCGCCGUCUUUAUUUGAAUCUAGAUGUGGGACCAAGUCAGUUGGAGAGGGAACAAAAGAACAAAAUCUGAAGCAGGAGAUUUUGUGUGAUUUAAAAUAAAUGUCCGAACUGGCUCCAUGUCCCCGUCUCCUUUGAAUUAGGUCUUAAUUUGUCAGGAUGGUAAAUGGAAUAACGAGAACAGAACACAGCAACAACAAAACACUCAUCUGAGUCACGCUCACCCAGCGUAAAUACUUUACUGCACCAAAGACGGUGACUGGACGGAGCAGAGACGAGGAACAACAGCUGUCACUCUUCAAAGCAUUUGAUUGUAGAACCUUUUAUUCUUUUACUGCAUUUAUUAAUCACACUUAGUGGAAGCUAUUCUUACAACUCAUGUACUCAUGUUGCCUCCUCUGCCUUGGACCAAGCACGUCAUGUUAAAGAUAAACAGACUGUGUGGUUUGUAAAGGGGCCAGGUAGCAUCACUUCUAAACAUUCAUACUAAUAUAGUCUUAUAUUAAAGUGUAAACUAAGCUCUCUCUUGUUUAGUAGUUUUAUUAACUUCUUGACAUUUUUCAGGUUUAUUUAAGUUGCUGAUUUAUUUUUUUGUUCUAUAUUUUAAAAGAUGCAGACGGCAGUGGAGUCUGACACAGGUCAACAAUGAAUGUCUAAUGACGCACUGCGGUUCGCUGCUCAUGUAAAGUUAGCUACAUUUCCACAACUUGGAAUAAAAUACUUUUGCUUCUGUUA